AUGCGGCGUGUUCUCCUCACCUCGAGUCAAGUGUCCAUGCUGGCCACGGCCUCUAUGAGUAAGGCUGCAACUUCUCCCCCACAAACAUUCCAAGUAAAAAAGGGCGAAUUGGUUUCUAAUUCUCGAUCACGCACAGUUCUUCUUUGUGCAAGCGCUCUCUUUCUCAGUGGUUACGCCAUUCAGCAGCGGACUCUGCGGGAGCUGCGAGCAGCUAUCCGGCCGCGCCAGUCUCCCAAGGCGCAUCUACCCGAAGAGUUCAGGGGAGCCCUCGCGGAUCUGGAUGAAGGCUCGCUGCUCGUGAUUGAAACAGAGGCGCAACGAUGGUCUAGGGAAGCUCGAGAAUUGAACCCCCAGAUCAAGGUAUCGGAUGCAGAGAUUCAGGUGGAGGAGACUCCGGUAGAGUCUAAGCCGGAGCCGGAGCCGGAGCAGAAAGAGGAGGAACACAAGGAACAGAGCGUUGCCGUGCCUGAUGGCGAACCGACAAAGGAGCAACUGGCAAUGCUUGCAACAAUCCAGAAGAGCGUCGCGGACAAGUCCUGGGCUGUGGAACACCCUGAUCCGCUGGCUAAGAACAAGGCUCCGAUUUCAGCAGCAGAGCGCCGCAAGUUGAUCAAGGAUGAGAUCAAGAGGCUGGCCCAGUCAGACAGGCCCGUCUACUACCAGAGGAGGCUGUGGUGA